AUGACAUUUAGCUCGGAAGCGGAAGUUACCUUGUAUUACAUGAAUUAUGCUCAACGUAUGGGUUUCGGGAUGAGUAAAAUAAGUUCAAAAAAUGGAGAUGAUGGAAAAAAAUAUUUUACUUUAGCAUGUAGUCGUGCAGGAAAGUAUGUGAGCACUUCAAAGAAUCUUUUGAAGCCAAAUGCUAGCAUUAAAACACAAUGUAGGGCAAGACUGAAUGCAUGUAUAUGUCUGGAUGGAAGAGUUGUAGUUACAAGUGUUACUCUUGACCAUAAUCAUGGCCUUAGCCCAAACAAGGCACGAUACUUUAGAUGUAACAAGAAUAUGGGGUCUCACAUAAAAAGGAAAUUAGAGAUUAAUGAUCAAGCAGGUAUCAAUGUCAGUAGAAAUUUUAGAUCUAUGGUUGUUGAAGCAAACGGGUACGAGAAUCUCACAUUUGGUGAAAAAGACUGUAGAAACUAUAUAGACAAGGUCAGGCGGCUAAGGCUUGGGACAGGAGACGCUGAAGCAAUACAAAACUAUUUUGUUAGAAUGCAAAAGCAAAAUAGUCAGUUUUAUUAUGUAAUGGAUGUGGAUGAUGAUAGCCGUUUAAGAAAUGUAUUCUGGGCAGAUGCAAGAUGUAGGGCUGCAUAUGAAUACUUUGGUGAAGUCGUAACUUUUGACACCACUUAUUUAACAAACAAAUAUGACAUGCCUUUUGCUCCUUUUGUUGGAGUAAAUCAUCACGGUCAAUCUGUAUUGUUGGGUUGUGCACUCUUAUCAAAAGAGGAUGCUAAAACUUUUACUUGGUUAUUCACCACGUGGUUAGAAUGCAUGCAUGGACGCGCUCCAAAUGCCAUUAUUACUGAUCAGGAUAAGGCAAUGAAAAAGGCGAUUGAGGUUGUCUUCCCAAAAGCCCGUCAUAGAUGGUGCUUAUGGCAUUUAAUGAAAAAGGUACCUGAAAAGUUUGGUAAAUACUCAGAAUAUGAGUCUAUUAAAGAACUUUUGCAUGCUGCUGUAUAUGAUUCUUUGAGCAAAAGUGAUUUCUUAGAGAGGUGGGAAAAAAUGAUUGAAUGUUAUGCGCUACAUGAUAAUGAAUGGUUGAAAGGGAUAUUUGAGGAGCGACAUCGUUGGGUUCCUGUGUAUGUGAGAGACGUGUUUUGGGCCGGGAUGUCAACUACACAACGAAGUGAAAGUAUGAAUUCAUUUUUUGAUGGGUAUGUAUGCUCAAAGACAUCAUUGAAGCAAUUUGUUGAACAAUAUGACAGUGCAUUGAAAGAUAAGAUUGAAAAGGAAAGCAAGGCUGAUUUUGGUUCAUUUAAUUCAGUAAUUGCUUGUGUAAGUCAUUUUGGCUUUGAAUCACAAUUCCAAAAAUCAUUUACCAAUGCAAAAUUCAAAGAAUUUCAAGUAGAAGUUUCUUCUAUGAUGUAUUGCCAUACUUCAUUUGAAGAAUUGGUGGGUUAUAAUUCUAUAUUUUAUGUGAUAGAAAGUAAGAAAGUAUACGACAAAGCAAAAGAUGUGGUAUUCAAGGUGUCCUACAAUGAAAAAGACUUUGAGAUACAAUGUACUUGCUGCUUAUUUGAGUUUAAAGGCAUUUUGUGUAGACACAUACUAUGUGUGCUUAAACUCUCUGGUAAAACAGAUUUAGUGCCAUCUCAUUAUAUUUUUUCUCAGUGGAGGAAGGAUAUAAAGCGACGACAUACAGUUAUUAAAUGUGGUAUUGAUAACUUGACUGGAAAUGUUGAGUUACAGCGUGUUGGUAAAGCAUGUGAUGCCUUUUAUGAAGUUGCUUCUAUAGAUAUAAGCACCGAAGAAGAGUUAUUGGAAGUGAUGAAUUGGAUCAAGGACUUGAAAAUUAAGUUAACUUGUAAAAAAAAUUCUCCGAUUAUUAUAGAAGAAGUUAAUUCAAUUCAAAAUCAAGCGUCGAGAAUUCUGGAUCCCAUAGUGGCUAGAGGAAAAGGGCGCCCUCCUUCAAAACGAAAGGCUUCUAUAGUUGAUAAAAUUAUAAAGAAGAAGAUUGCAGGAAAAAAAACUCGAAGUAGCCAAAAAAGAACAAGUUGUCAAAGUUCAGAAGAGGUGAUUUUGAGUUUGUAA